CGACUCCAAAGUCAAAACCCCUCUAAACCCUAAUCUGCCUCUCACAAAACAAUACAUGAAAAUAUCCCCGACCCCGAUCUCCAGUUAAACUCAGGGGAAGAAAAAUGGAGGUGGCAUCAGCGGCCGACGUUGUAGCUAUGGAGGAAGAAAGGGAAUUAACCAAUCGCGUGAUAUGUCAGCUGACGGACUCAGAAGGUACUCCUCUGGGAGCGCCUAUUUUUCUUCCGGAAAGCGCCGGCCCGAAAGAGCUCCAGCAGCUGGUCAAUAAGCUACUCAACAACGAGGAAAGAUUGCCUUAUGCAUUUUAUGUAUCAGACAGUGAACUUGUAGUGCAGCUAGGAACAUACCUUCAGAAGAAUAAAGUGUCUGUGGAGAAAGUUGUGACGAUAGUUUACCAGCCCCAAGCAGUAUUUAGAAUACGGCCGGUAACUCGCUGUUCUUCGACUAUAGCUGGUCAUACAGAGGCAGUGCUUUCUGUAGCGUUUAGUCCAGAUGGACGCCAGUUGGCAAGUGGAUCAGGCGACACCACUGUACGGUUAUGGGACUUAAAUACGCAAACUCCAUUGUUCACGUGUAAAGGACACAGAAACUGGGUUCUUUGUAUUGCAUGGUCGCCAGAUGGUAAACAUCUUGUUAGUGGAAGCAAGGCUGGAGAACUGAUAUGCUGGGACCCACAGACUGGCAAACCAUCAGGGAACCCUCUUACUGGUCACAAGAAAUGGGUUACUGGAAUUUCAUGGGAGCCGGUGCAUCUUAGUGCUCCAACCCGCCGCUUUGUUAGUUCAAGUAAAGAUGGUGAUGCAAGAAUAUGGGAUGUUACUUUGAAAAAAUGUGUUAUAGUUCUUACAGGACACACACUUGCCAUAACAUGUGUGAAGUGGGGUGGAGAUGGAGUCAUAUAUACAGGAUCACAGGAUUGUACAAUUAAAAUGUGGGAAACUUCACAAGGGAAGCUCAUACGCGAACUAAAGGGCCAUGGCCAUUGGGUAAAUUCUCUAGCAUUGAGUACAGAGUAUGUUCUUCGAACUGGUGCAUAUGAUCAUACCGGCAAAACAUAUACAUCUCCGGAGGAAAUGAAGAAGGUAGCAUUAGAAAGGUACAACAAGAUGAAAGGCAGUGCCCCUGAAAGGUUGGUUUCAGGUUCAGAUGAUUUCACCAUGUUCCUGUGGGAGCCUGCUGUCAGUAAGCACCCCAAAACUCGUAUGACUGGCCAUCAACAGCUUGUAAAUCAUGUCUACUUCUCUCCGGACGGUUUGUGGGUCGCGAGUGCCUCCUUUGACAAGUCGGUUAAAUUAUGGAACGGAGUCACUGGAAAAUUCGUGGCUNAUUGAACGCUUAAAAUGCCAUCUCGGACAGAUUUACCUCAAAAACUGUUACUCAAGUGACCUUUUUAAACAGGUGUGGGAUAUUCGUACUCAGAAGUUGAAGCAAGAUCUUCCGGGGCAUGCAGAUGAAGUAAGGCCUCCAACACCCAAACCCAGUAUUUGCAGUAGAUUGGAGUCCUGAUGGUGAGAAAGUUGCAUCUGGAGGCAAGGAUAAAGUUUUGAAGUUAUGGAUGGGAUAAGGAAAUCUUGGUCACUUGAAUGGCUUUGUGCACAGCUUACAUUUAUAUCAAAUUUUUGCGGUGAUGGAAAUGUGCCAUGUAAUAUGAAAUAUUGUUUAUUUAUUAUCAUUACUAGUGGUGGAGAACUUAAAUAAUCAAAAGUAUUAUUGGGUUUUUUCAGCUAANCGAU